GAGGCCGGGCUGGGGGUGUCCUCGCAGCGGGGCCGGGGCGGGCGUGGCGGUGUCCCCCCGGCCCUGCCCGGCAUGGGGCUUGAGUCCCUGCGGCCGCGGCUCCAGCGCCCGCCCCUUGGAGGGAGGUGCGAGCAGGAGGAGCGCGGUCAGGAGAGGGAGGCCGCCGGGGUUGCUGCUGAGGGUAAGGGGUUCGGAAGCCGCCCCUCUGUGUUUUGGGGAGACAGCAGGAUUGUGACUUACAGUUACACAGACAGCAACUGGAAAAAUGCCGGGUUCUAAGAGUAACUUGGUGUCUUUACAUGAGGAUGUUAUAAAUGAUACUUCAGACUUGAGUGAAACAAAAUCUCCAGAUGAAAACCAAUCUGUUCAAAAAAGAACAAUGACUCUGAUUGGGAAGAAUGGCUAUCGUGACUCUGAAUACAUAAAUGCAGCUAAGAUUUUUCAAGGCAUUCAUACUAAAAAACCGAAGGAUAGAACAUUGUUGCGGUAUGGUGAUGACUCAUUAACUCCUGUGCUAACUUUUAAAGAUGAAUAUUGCCAGCGUGUGUCUUAUGAACUGGCUUUCAGUGCUCUAAAAUAUCAAGAUCUUCUAGAAGAAAUAUUAUUAGAUAGUUCUGCUUACCCGUGCCAGUCAAUACCAGAUGAAUUAACCAGCUUGCUUGUUGUGAUGCUUUAUGACCUACAAGACCGAAAAUUUCAAGCACGGAAGAUUUUUGAUGAAGAUGAACCUGUAGCAGAAGUUCAGCAAGUAGAGUGCUAUCUACAGAGUUUUAAGACCAAAUUGGCAGGUGCCCUGGCAAGAUAUCGCAUCAAACAUGAUGCUGUUUCAAUUGAAAGCAUUCUACCAGAAAGCUUACGGAAGCAGGAACAAAGGGCUUCUGUUUUACCUUUAUUUGUUUGGAUAAACACAUUAAAAAUCAGCUUUCAAGAUGUUUUCAGUGAUUUGAGGAAGAAUGGAUUCACAAGAGCUGAAUCUGUGUCAGACUUGGACCAUUAUACAUACUGUGUGGACCAACAUUGCUAUGAUGUAUUGAUGUUUCCUCCCUCUCUUAAAGAAGAGCUGCUUAAUUUAGAUCUUUUUACAGACUGCAAACUCUUACUGCAGGAUAAGUCUCGCAGCCUUGCUGUACACGCUGCACAGGCACUGUUGAAUACAGGUGAUGACAUUAUAGUGGCUCACAUAGGUUCCCAUUUGACCAUUGCCCAUAUGUCAGUACUGACAAAUGACAGCACCUCCAAAAUUUUUGUUUGUGGCGUGAAUUCUUCAGCAAAAGCAGCAGAACUGAGCAACUUGGUCAGUCACAUGGGAUGUCAAAAUAUUCAGUUUUUACAUGAAGACUUUACUGAGAUUGAACCAACAGACAAGAGAAUUGAAAAGGCAAAAGUUAUUUUGCUGCUACCACAAUGCUCUGGGCUCGGUGUUGGCAAUCCAAUAGACUUUAUUUUAAGUGAACACAGAGAUGCAGGAUUGCUAAGAGACCUUUUGCAAGGAUCUGUAUCUGUGGAUAAACUCAGUAUUCUUGCUGAAAGGCAGCUUAAUGAGUUGAGGCAUGCAAUGAAAUUUAAAAAAGUACAAGCUAUUGUUUACUGCACUUGUUCGAUUUACCCAGAAGAAAAUGAACUAGUAGUGAAAAAAGCACUGGAAUCUGGAGUGGAAGGAAAUAAAGUGCAACCAUAUAGGCUCAUUCCUCCUGUUUUUUCUCCUUGCUCCAAUUCAACAGCUUCCACUGAAUUUUUUUUCAAAAUGGAGCCAUCAGAAAUUUCCAGUGGCUGUUUCCUAGCUAUUCUAGAAAGACGGAAAGAUCCCUCUGAAACUAUAUCUGUUGAAGAUAUUUUGGCUCGUGCGGCAGCAAAAGGACUGCUAGAUGGUAUGGUUGAAGAAAAAGGAAAGGAAGAGAAGAAAAAGAAGAGAGUAACACAACGCAGAUGUAAUAUUACCGGUAGUGGCAGAGAGCCAAAGACUGCAGAGGUCCUUCACCAUCAAACUGUAUCUAAUAUUAAGGCUGAAGUUACCACAUCUAAAGCCGUUAGUAACAUACAAAAAAAGAAUGUGACCCAAACAAACGGCUGCGCACAGCUGAAGAAAUCUGUUAAACCUACUUCAGGCACAGCUCUGCCUAAAGCGGUGAAGCCACCUGUGGGCAAGACAAAUCUAAGACAGAGACGCACAGAAUGUAAAAGGAUUGUAUUGAAGCCCGCACAAAUUUUUUUCCCUCCACCAUUCCUAGAUUUGCUAGGAAACCAAUCCAGGACACUGUCAAGUCAGCAUCACUUUCAUGGCUGGACUGGAGCAAAGGGUUCAAGUGGCAGGAUUCCACCGCCUCCGUCUAAAGCAGGGAAGCCAAGUGUGCUCAGCCAUCCUCGGCGCUGGCUCUAAAUAUUGGCAAACUUUGCUCUGCUUAUACAGAAGGUACAGAUUCCUGUUUGUAUUAAUCAGUACACUUAGAUUACAGCAUACUUUCAUGCAGUAUAAUCUUGCUGUGGGGGAGGGAGAUAUUUUAGGUUAAUUGCUUAGAAAUACCCAUGUUAGAGAGCAACUUUUAAGCCAGUAAUCACACCUUGAAUGGAGCUCAGACGCGUAAAGCUGAUGGACUGUUUAGGGGAGUGAGGAAAAAUAAAUGGGCUUCUUCCCAUGCCUUUAAAGUGACAGUUAAAACAUAUACCCCCCCCCCCCCCCAUGACCUGCUUAGAUCUGUAUUUGAAAUUGUUUUGUUUUUUUUUUUUUAAAGUGGGACUGCAUUUUAUAAGCGGUUAUUUCUCUGUACAAGUGCUAGGUGCCAUUUUUGUGAGUUACCAUUUAGACUGACACAUGGAAACUAAGCAUUGUGCAAUAAGCCAGAUUUCUCACCUUUACUUCUGAAACUAGGUGUGAGCUUUUGUGCAGGCCAAAGACACUAAAUCCCAUGCACAGGCUUUCCUGUACUGACUCCCUUGGUUUCUACUCAGGUGUGCAUCAAAAGAUUAACAGUGAAAACAAAAUAUUGUUAAGCUAAAAAUACUUAAUCAUCAUCAUGUCAUCACAUCAGGCUAUGUCAUGAUUCACAACUGCUUUUCACCAGCUUUCUUAACACAAGCAGUUCUUAGUUGAAGAGAGCUGCAACGGCCAAAGUAACUUAUUUUUAUACUACUGCUAGUCAGCUGAAUAAUGACUGAACACAGAGUAGUUUGUCUGUCUUUGGAAACAGCUGUAGGUGUCUAACCUGCUCCUUCUUGCUAGCACAUAGAAAAUAUCUGUAAAAUAAAGAUUAUAAUUGCAUUAUAAUCUGAGCAGAGGAUAAAGGGGACACACAGAGAUACUUGUAACAAGAAUCUGAUUUAGUAUUAAACAUAGAGAUUAUAAGGAAGGAAAAUGGUAAACAAUGACAGAAUGACAGUAAGAGGAGCCUCAAGAACUGUAUUUAUAUGAGAAGUCAUAGGAAACAAAGACAGUAUAGCA